AUGGAUAAUUACUUAUCACCAGUUGGUUUCAAUUGUUAUCUGUGGUGCGGAAGAGAAGAAGGCGCAGGCAAUUCACUUCAAUCGGUUCCCCACUUUCAUAUCAAUCUGGUUCCGAUCUACCAAAAAGAAUACGGUCUCAAUUGGUUUUCUACCAGGAUAAAAAGAGAAAAUGGUGCUGAGUUAGCUCCUACUCCCCAAGAAUACCAAGAAACAGCCGAGGAGUUUAAGCCUAACCCCGAACGGAUAAUUAAAGAAACCAACAAGUUAAUUGUUGAAUUAGCUUCUGCCGAAGAAGCUUUAAUCCCCGGACAUUUAAUCAUUAACCAAAUCGGAGAAUCAUUACAAGAAUGCUUACGGGAAAUUAAAGAAAAAUUUGCCGUCAAAAAUAUUCAAGUUGAAUUCCCUUUGGGCAAAUUAAGUGGCCCAGAGCAGCAAAAUGUUUCCGAACUUCAAUUACACAUUUUGCCUUUCCAAGAGGAAAAUUAUUCUUACAAAAAUCCGGAGCAAAAAAGCCGGGAAUAUUUAAGGAUUGCCCGAGAAUUGAAAGGAGUUGUAAUGGAAGAGAAGGUAGUUAGAGAACAGCAAGCCCAAAUUAUUCAGCAAGGAACGAUAAUUCCUAGUCCUGGUAAAGGAGGCAAAUCCUAA